GCUUCAUGUUCAGUUCUCGACCAAACGUCAGAAAGUUUGUGUUUCUUUUCUUGUGCGGCGCGUUAUUUCCCGAUUCGCUUGCAUUUUUCACUGAUUUCCCGUGAUUUUAGUUUCGUUUUCAUCGUCAACACUGUGCUGGAGCUAACGAAGACCCAGCGAAGAUGGAAACAAUCUUUGAAAUACAGCGGCGCUUGCACGAAGAGUGUGACCGGCUGGUGAUGGCCAUGUCGGAGGAGUUGAUGAUACCAAAGAAGACGACAAAAGAGAAAGUGCUAGCGGACCACCGGAUAAAGAUCUAUCUCGAGCGAUACCAGACGUGCUCGAAGUCGCUGCUGGAGCUGUACCAGGAUAAGGACGGCGAACGGAAGCAGGAAAUCACUAACAUGAGCGUGAACGAGUUCAAAGAGUUUUACAGCCAGUUCAAUGGGCUGAUCGAGUUCCAUUCCAACCACGGCAACAAUGUGGCCGUACCGGCAUCGAUCGAGUUCGACAAGCUGAAGGAGCAGCUGAACGAUCCGGCCUACCUGGCCGAGGUGGUGAAGUUUAGCGACGUGGAAAACUAUGGCCAGUACUUGGAUCUGCACGAAUGCUACGAUAACUUCGUCAAUCUGAAGGGCAUCGACAAGAUCGACUACAUUACGUAUCUGUCGGAGUUUAACAAGUUCGCCGAUAUACCGCGCAAGCAGAAGAACCUUAAGUACAAGGGAUACCUGCAGCUGCUGCACGACUAUCUGCACUCGUUCAUCACCCGCAGCAGGCCGCUGUUCUUCGAGCUGGAGCACACGGUGAAGCGCAACGAGCUGCAGUUCGAAGACAUGUGGAAGAACGGCAUCGUGCCGGGGUGGGAGAAGGUACGCGACGUCGAUGACGAUGCGCUGAUCAAUUUGAACGAGUUCGGCAAAUGGGAGGACCUCACGUACCUCGGGCUGGAUCGGCUGAAGGCCGCCCUGCAGGCGCUCGGCAUGAAGUGCGGCGGCACGCUAGAGGAGCGCGCGCAGCGCCUGUUCGCCUCGAAGGACGACAAAAACCAGGAGAACGAGCGCAAGCGGAUGAUGAACCUGAACAAGGAGAAGGAUAUCGCGCAGCUGGAGUAUAAGAUCGCGAAGCUGGCGGACCUGGUGGACGACCAGAUUUACGAGACGAAGAUCAACCUGCAGCGCAAGCAGGCCCGCUACACGCUGGACGAGAGCGACGAGGACAGCAUGGACGAGGAGGAGUCGGACGAUGACGACGGCAUCCCGUACAAUCCGAAGAAUCUGCCGCUCGGGUACGACGGCAAGCCGAUCCCGUACUGGCUGUACAAGCUGCACCAGCUGCACUUUACGUACGAGUGCGAAAUCUGCGGCAACUACAAGUACAACGGGCCGAAAGCGUUCCAGAACCACUUUUCCGAGUGGCGGCACGCGCACGGCAUGCGCUGCCUGGGCAUCCCGAACACGGCCCACUUUGCCAACAUUACCAAGAUCGAGGACGCGCUGGUGCUGUGGGACAAGGUGAAGGAGCAAACGUUCUCCAAGAUGUGGGUGCCGGCCAACGAGGAAGAGUUUGAGGAUUCGCGCGGCAACAUUCUCAGCAAGAAGGUGUAUCUUGACCUGCAGAAGCAAGGCCUGCUGUAGGAAAGUGCAUUGCGAGGAUUGGAGGGGGCGAAACGGAAUAAAAAACAGCAAACGAACACACAACAGUACACUUAUCUCUUCGGCUACUCCCUCCGCCCCCCGGGGUUGGCGCCAGAGCAAGAGCAACUCAAUCGGUGUAAUCCAAGUACGCUGCGGCGUUGUUUACGUUUCGAAUGCCCGUUUCGUAAUUUGCAUCCCAAAAGGUUGAUGGUGUCUGGGCGUGUACAAGUGUGUGUGUGUAUUGGCAAUCAUGAAAGCGCCACAUUUGCAUACGGUCCCCAUUGUGGGAAGUACCACACAGCCUGCAGAGAAGGAGCAGAACACAAAUGAUGAACGAAACUGUUCUAAUUUUAAACCGAAUACCACGAGGGGAAAUCAUUGCGCGCGUAUCAUCAUCAUUGGUGUAUGAUGGUGGUAUGACACCUUCUUUACAUUGGGUAGAAUAAAAUAUGAUCUGCUGUGAA